AUGGUCACCACGAUGCUCAAUCCCGGCGACCUCCUCCCGGCCUCCUGCGACAAGGUUGUGUCUGUGUUGGCCGCCUUCGUGUGCUUCGAAGGCGAGCAGGCACCCAUCUCCACGAGGAAGGCGAGCGCGCACCGCCCCCGCUCUUCUCAUUCAGGGUCGCUGGCCCUGACACCGUCACAUCGGCCUCUUCCUCUCCAGCAUCUCCUCAUCGGUCGCAUCCGGGAUGGCCUCGGCCUCUUGCUGCUAGCUGUUGGUGCACGUCCUUCUCCAUACUUUUAUCUCCUGCAGUCCUAA